GGUGAGCCGCCUGCUCCUCCCUCUCCUCCCGUCGGCCGGGUCUGCUUGUCUUCCUGUUUGCUGAGAAAGUUGAGGGAGCGCUUAAGGGGCUUUUUCCACAAUGGACAGCCAAGGAAGGAAAGUGGUAGUUUGUGACAACGGUACCGGGUUCGUCAAGUGUGGUUAUGCAGGCUCCAAUUUCCCAGAGCACAUCUUCCCUGCACUUGUUGGGAGACCCAUCAUUCGUUCAACUGCAAAAGUCGGAAACAUCGAGAUUAAGGACUUGAUGGUGGGGGAUGAAGCCAGUGAGCUGCGCUCAAUGCUGGAGGUCAACUAUCCCAUGGAGAAUGGCAUCGUCAGGAACUGGGAUGAUAUGAAGCAUUUGUGGGACUACACCUUUGGUCCAGAAAAGCUCAAUAUUGAGUCUCAAAACUGCAAGAUCCUGCUGACGGAGCCUCCCAUGAACCCCACAAAGAACCGUGAGAAAAUCAUUGAGGUGAUGUUUGAGAAUUACCAGUUUGCAGGCGUCUACAUUGCAAUUCAGGCUGUGCUGACACUGUACGCCCAAGGCCUUCUUACAGGUGUAGUUGUGGACUCGGGUGACGGUGUCACACACAUCUGUCCUGUGUAUGAGGGCUUCAGCCUGCCCCAUCUCACACGACGCUUAGACAUCGCCGGCCGGGAUAUCACCCGCUACCUCAUCAAGCUGUUGUUGUUGAGGGGUUACGCCUUCAACCACUCUGCAGACUUUGAGACGGUGCGCAUGAUGAAGGAGAAGCUGUGCUAUGUGGGAUACAACAUCGAGCAGGAACAGAAGCUCGCACUGGAGACUACCGUGCUGGUGGAGUCAUACACGCUGCCAGAUGGUCGGGUGAUCAAGGUGGGAGGAGAGCGGUUUGAAGCCCCCGAGGCUCUGUUCCAGCCUCACCUCAUCAAUGUGGAAGGCGUUGGCGUGGCCGAGCUGCUCUUUAACACCAUCCAGGCGGCUGAUAUAGACACCAGGCCUGAGUUCUACAAACACAUCGUGUUAUCAGGAGGAUCCACCAUGUAUCCCGGCCUGCCGUCUCGCCUUGAGAGGGAACUCAAACAGCUUUACCUGGAACGUGUGCUCAAGGGAGACGUCGACAAACUUUCAAAAUUCAAGAUCCGUAUCGAGGACCCGCCCCGACGAAAGCACAUGGUGUUCCUGGGCGGAGCCGUGCUGGCUGACAUCAUGAAGGACAAGGACAACUUCUGGCUGACCCGGGAAGAGUACCAGGAGAAAGGUGUCCGCGUUUUGGAAAAGCUGGGCGUCACCGUCAGAUAAAGUCCUAGACGGACACGCCUCACACCCACGGUGUCCCCGUAUUGCAGAGUAUAUAUCUAUUUAUCCCCCUCUUUGGCCGGCGAUGUCCCCCCAAACAUCAGAGGGAAGCGCGCCGUCUUCUCCCUGCCCCCCGCCCGCCCUCCCUCCCUUCCUUUUCCUGCCUGCCUCUCCUGACACCUUUUCCCUCAAGUGCUGAGAAUUUCAUUUUAUCAGAUUCCGUUGAAGCACCUCCCUUUUUUAAUGAGUAAUGAAGGGUUGAUGACGCUCCGCUGAUGUAUUGAGGAUAGGUUUUUUUUGUUUUGUUUUUUUUUAUUAAUGUACUAAUGAGGGUAAAAACUAGUCUGUGAAACUGGCAGCAGCUAUUCAGACGAGCAAACUGUUGAUGGAAAAUGUGGCUUCCCAUCAGCCACUGCUGUCAGUAUUUCAGUGUUUAGUCUCCGGGACGGUUAAAUUAACAUGCGGUUUAUUAUAAGCAGCUUGCAGUAUCGCAGUCAGGGGCCACAACAAACGUGCACGGGGCCGCUUCCAGCAUCUCUUUCAUCUUUUUUAUAUUGUUUAUAUAGGAGAGGGAUUUCUUGCUUUUGUUGGAUGUAUAUCUUUUUUUUUUGUUUUUUUUUUUCUUUUGUUGCUGUGCACUUCUACCAUUAAAUAGAGUACAUUGUGUGAAAAAGUGUUCCAUGUUUUUUGUUUUUCUCUAAUGGGAUGAACGCGCAUGUAAGGCCCCUAAACUUGUCAUCAGUUAUGUGAUGGUACUUCAGGGUUGGAGGGUGGCGGGUGGUGUUUUACUCCCAAUAGUGUACUAGAGGUACUUCUGUUUGAUAAACGUGUAUUUUUUUUUUCUUCCUUUUUCCAUGAACAUUUGUCCAGUGCCAAGUGCAAGAUCUCAUGAUUUGUCUGUUCUUUUCGCCUUUUUUAUUUUUCUGUGUUCAGAGCAUAACUGCCUAACGCUGAUUUAAAUAAAGUGACUUAUAAGGAA